UCUGCGCGCGCGUGCGUGGCGCGGCGGCGGAAGCCGGAAGCGCGGGCUGGCGGGGCGCGAUGGCAGCCGGGGGUCUGGGCCGCUCGGAGCGCAAGGCGGCGGAGCGGGUGCGGCGCCUGCGGGAGGAGCAGCAGCGGGAGCGCCUCCGCCAGGUGGCGCGCGUCCUGAGGAAGGCGGCGGCCGAGCGCAGCGCCGAGGAGGGCCGGCUGCUGGCCGAGAGCGCGGACCUGGUGGCCGAGCUGCAGGGCCGCAGCCGGCGGCGCGAGGGCCUCAAGCGGCGGCAGCAGGAGGUGUGCGAUGACCCCGAGGAGCUGCGCAGGAAGGUGCGGGAGCUGGCGGCCGCCGUGCGCGGCGCGCGGCACCUGGUGGUCUACACGGGCGCCGGCAUCAGCACGGCGGCCUCCAUCCCUGACUACCGGGGCCCGAACGGCGUGUGGACGCUGCUGCAGAAGGGCAGGAGCGUCAGUGCGGCCGACCUGAGCGAAGCGGAGCCCACCCUGACGCACAUGAGCAUCGCCCGUCUGCACGAGCAGAAGCUGGUGCAGCACGUGGUGUCCCAGAACUGUGACGGGCUGCACCUGCGCAGUGGGCUGCCCCGCUCGGCCAUCUCCGAGCUGCACGGCAACAUGUACAUCGAGGUCUGCACCUCCUGCGUCCCCAACAGGGAGUACGUGCGGGUGUUUGACGUGACGGAGCGCACAGCGCUGCACCGACACCAGACGGGCCGCAGCUGCCACAAGUGCGGGACACAGCUGCGUGACACCAUCGUGCACUUCGGGGAGAGGGGGACCCUGGGCCAGCCCCUCAACUGGGAGGCGGCCACAGAGGCGGCCAGCAAGGCGGACACCAUCCUGUGCUUGGGGUCCAGCCUGAAGGUUUUGAAGAAGUACCCCCGCCUCUGGUGCAUGGCCAAGCCCCCCAGCCGGCGGCCCAAGCUCUACAUCGUGAACCUGCAGUGGACCCCGAAGGAUGACGGGGCUGUCCUGAAGCUGCACGGGAGAUGCGACGACGUCAUGCGGCUGCUCAUGGCCGAGCUGAGCCUGGAGAUCCCUGCGUACAGCAGGGUCUUAGAGGGGAAAUCAGUAACUUCUUUUAAUCAAAGGGUUCGAGAAAUUAAGGAUCCGUUCGCCUUCUGGGCCUGGCAAUUCUUGUGGCAGGACCCCAUCUUCUCCCUGGCAACUCCCCUGCGAGCGGGCGAAGAGGAUAGCCACAGCCGGAAGUGCCUGUGCCAGAGCCCCGAGGAGGCCGCACCUGGGGACCGGGGUGCCCCCAUCCUCGGGGGCUGGUUCGGCAGGGGCUGCGUCAAGCGGGCCAAGCGCAGGAGAGUGACAUAACCCGGGCAGAGGAGGACCCCAGCCCCAGGAGGACCCCGGGCAGAGGAGGACCCCCAGGGCACAGGAGGACC